AUGGUUAAAAAAAAUACUAAAAAAACAAAGACUAUUGCUGAAACCAUUAAGGAUUCAAAGAAAAUAUUGAGCAAGAACAAAAAGCCUAAAAGACAAGGCACUAUGGAAUCAGUUGCUAAUGAAGCAGCUGAAUUCCUUAAAUAUACAGCAGAUGCUCAUAAGAAGCGUUAAGAGGAAAAAAGGGAAUUAUAAAAGAAGGCUAACGAAUCUCUUAUAUAAAGAAAACCUAAAAAAUCCAAAAAAAUAGAAAAAAAACCUAAAAAUGAGGUCAAAUCUUCUCCUGUAAAAAAAACUAAGGCUGCCCCUGCUGCUAAAGCAAAAGCUUCUGCAAAAAAUGAUGCAAAGGCAGUAGAAAAAAAAACAGAAAAGAAAGAUAAAAAAUCUGUUACCCCAGUUAAAUCAACAGCUACUAAGGCAAAACCAGCAUCAACAAAGAAAAAAGAUGCCCCUCCUGUUAAGACCUCCCCCAAGAAGGACGCCCCUUCUGCUGCUGUAGCUAAUAAGAAAAAACCUAAUAAAUAAGUUUCUAAUUUAAUUGCAUAAGGAUUGGCAGCAGGUAUGAUUGAUGUAGUUUUUUGUAUUGAUACAACUGGCUCCAUGAACGAAUAUCUUGAAAAGACUAAAGAUACAGUUAAUAAAAUUGUAGAAUAAGUUAAAGAAAAAUCUAAGGGAGAAUCUGUUAGUGUUCGUUUUGGUAUUGUUGCAUAUAGGGAUCACCCUCCUUAAGAGACAACCUAUUUAACUAAAGUGCAAGAUCUUUGUACAGCUGAAGAGGUUUUAGAUUAUAUUAAAACCUUAGAUUGUCAAGGAGGUGGUGAUGGUGCAGAGGCUGUUUUUGAUGGCCUUUGGGAAGCUUCCAAGAAUAUAACUUGGAGAGAUUCUAAAACUUUACCUAGCUUGAGAUAUAUUUUCCACAUUGGUGAUUAGCCUCCUCAUGGUGAUAAGUAUGGUGGAUACUCUGAACUUUGGGGUACUUCUGGUUGCCCUUGUAAAAUAGAUGUUAACAAGGUAGCUCACGUGAUAAAUAUAGAAUAAAUCCGUUAUAAGUUAAUUAAGAUUGGAAAAAAGCUUGAUUUAAUGGCUAAAGAAUUCUAAGAAAAAUUCACCCUUUUUGAGGAAUAACCUAUCGAAGAUGCUACUGAUAUGGAUAUUAAAAUUACUGAUAUGAUUAUUAGAGAGCUUAUUCCUGAUACCGAUGCUAAUUUGGAUGUUUGA